AUGGUGGAAAUCCCACCUAGUUCAAGCUAUACUGCUCUGGCAAUUCAUUCAGUUGACUUCUUAGUGUUACCAAUGGAUCCGAGAUUUUUAGCCGCUACUAAAAUAGGCCGUCACGCGUUGCGCGUAUUGAAAAGCGACGUGUUCGACGAUCAAUGGGUCCCUAAUUUGUGGGUAAUUGUAGUUUUUAUGGUGCUCUGCAUUCAACUCUGUGAAUGUGUUAUAUUUUUAAACGAUUAUUCCAAUAAAUCGACAAUCUUGUUAACGGAGAACCUCGGAAUCAUGUUCGCAGCAUUGCAAGCUAUCUAUUGCUUGUUGGUAAUCAUCAUGAAGCGAGAGUCCUGGAGGAGCCUGUUGGAAAAGGUUGAAAAGCGUCGCUAUCAAUAUAAGUCAACAAACAUAGUUCCGAUUUUCGAUGAAUUCUAUCAACGUACUGUUCUGUUUAGUAAAAUCAUCUACGCUUUGUAUAUGGCUUGCUCUUCCUACUAUCUACUACCGAUCAUUGCACCUGAUCCCGAUAAACUGAACCUUCCAAUAGGUUUAACUCUACCCUAUUUGGAUGCUGAACAAACCAUGGGCUAUUGUUUUACCUACAUCUAUCAAGUAUUGUUUGUAACUGCAGCGCAACUCGCUCUGAUUGGCCAUAUUUGUAUCGUGACCGUAACUGUUCUCUCCGCCUGCUGUCAGAUACGUUGUAUAAAAACUCUUCUUCGUGAGCUGAGCGAUUUGUUGAACAAUCCGAAUAGUCGACCGGAAGCUGUUCGAAAACUACUGGGGGAAAUUAUCUCCCUUCAUGUGUCGAGCCUCGCAUUUAUAGAACGACUGCAAAAUUUACUGUACUUGGAUUACUUGACGAUCUUCAUCAGCUGCGGCAUAGUCAUUUUUGGCACUUUGAAUGUCAUUGCCAAUAAUGUGUGGACAUCGGCAACAUUGUUUUUCUGCGGAGGCAUCGGAUCUAUUUUGCUGCAAUGCUUAUACGGAAACAUGCUGCUGGUGGAGAACGAUACCCUGGCGGAUGCCUUCUACGGCAUCGAUUGGUACCGGUUGGCGGUCCGCGAACGGAAAGCGUUCCAGUUAGCGUUGGCUAACGCACAGAUCGAUGUUCAACUGCAUGGAGUUUUUGCGCCGGUCAAUCUGGCAACCUCUGUAUCGAUUAUACGAGCGGCCUUUUCGUACUUCUCGAUUCUGAAGAGUUAUAGUUCGGAUUAG